UCUUACCGGCACUCUCAGACAGCGUAUGUGCACCAUCUCAUUCCCAGUUCCGCCCAGCUCCUUUUCCGAUCCACCAAACAAAUAAUCAGAUUCAUUACUUUUACUAACCAGCCUUUGGUCAAUAUAGCACGUACAAUAGUGGAGGGAUCGGUAAUGGACUACGCGGUGGAGAAGUGCAAGGACUCCGAAGGCAAUACGCGGUGCUCGAAACCAUUCCUCGCCAUCAAGUCGACCUGCUACCAGUUCGAAUGGCGCACGCAAGGGACGCUCACGCAUACUACCGCCGAAGUCCGCGAUGUCAAGUCUAGCGAGAUAGUUUUCUAUCGCGAUACCAACGGCGAUUGGAGACCGGAAAGGGGGGAGCUCGUUUACCUCGAUUUUAAGCCCAAGGUCCCCGCAACCGGAAACCAGACCGUAGAUUAUAUUGUUCGAACUUGCGAAUGAACGGGAGCUACGGAGGGCGAUAAUUCUUACCUGCAUCAAUACGUAUUGUGUUUAGCAAAGAGAAGGCAGCUUGGAGUUAUUCUGGUAGAUUGGAUAAUACACUGUAAUAGGUACCUACCUUAUUAAUGGCAUUACGUAUGAUAAGUAACGAACUGUUGAUUGCUGAAAACAUGGUCUUGGGAACACCAAAAAGAAAGUGGACGACUGAAAUAUUGAAAACAUCCAACCCUAGAAAAAUAAAUGACAUGUCACACCCUAUGAGGUAGUUAGGCACCUAUACUGUGUCACUAACAAUGGAAAAUGUUAAAACAUAAAGCAAUGUUUCGCUCAUAAAACUCGUUAUUGUAUUGACUGACUGACUGACUGACUGACAUAAUACGAUCAUGAUUCAUUUCCAAACGGCACGAGGUACCUGUUCUGUUUCCGAC